GGAGACUCCAAACCUUCCAGACCACCUUCUAGAAAUCUCCCCAGAACCUCCAUCAACCUCCACCAUGGUCAACUCCUGUUGUGGAUCUGUGUGCUCUGAGCAGAGCUGUGGAGAGAGCUGCUGCUGCCGCCCCAGCUGCUGUGUGUCCAGCUGCUGCAGGCCCCAGUGCUGCCAGUCUGUGUGCUGCCAGCCCACCUGCUGUCGCCCCUCCUGCUGCAUCUCCAGUUGCUGCAGGCCCAGCUGCUCUGUGUCCAGCUGCUGCCGCCCCACCUGCUGCCCCUCUAGUUGCUGCCGCCCCUCCUGCUGCCGCCCCUCCUGCUGCAUCUCCAGUUGCUGCAGGCCCAGCUGCUGUGUGUCCAGCUGCUGCCGCCCCACCUGCUGCCCAUCUAGCUGCUGCCGCCCCUCCAGCUGUGGCUCCAGCUGCUGCAGGCCCACCUGCUGCCCCUCUAGCUGCUGCAGGCCCACUUGCUGCAUCUCUAGCUGCUGUCGUCCUUCCUGCUGUGGCUCUAGUUGCUGCAGACCUACCUGCUGCAUCUCUAGCUGCUGCCGCCCUGUCUGCUGCCAGACCACCUGCUGCAGGACCACCUGCUGCCGCCCCAGUUGCUGUGUGUCCAGCUGCUGCCGCCCAGCCUACUCCAGUGCUUCUUGCUGCUGAGCGCAUUCAUCUGUUUUUUUUUUUUUUUUUGUAAGUCAACCGACUUUCCUGAUACAGUUCAACCGUGAGAAUGUAAAUGGGACUGCAAUUGUAAAACCUCAGUUCCUUAUGAUAUUAACCUGGAUUUGGCCUCUUAAGUAUAUUAUUCUUCCC